AUGAAUGAUGAAAAUUCAAAUUCUGCCCUAGAUCAGCUGAUAAAGCUGCGGCAACAAGCUGAAAAAGUUUUGAAAAUCAAAGAAAGUAAACUCCCUGAGCUGCAGAUUGAGGAAAAAGAUAGAGAUAUUGCAAACUUAAAAGCUGCGUUAAAAGCUGCACAAAAAAAGCUGCAGACACAAGAAGAACAGCACGUAAGGAUGAUAAAUGCAUUGAGGAAUGAAAUUGAAAGCAAAGAUAACGAUUUAGAAAAAUUGAAUAAAGGUUUUGCAGUUUUAGAUGCAGAAAAGCAGAGGAUGCAGAGAGACUUGUAUCAGGCACAAAAGUCGAUAUCUGAUUUAAUUGCAGAAAAACAAGAGACUAUAAGAAGCCAUUUGCAGGAAUUGGCUGAUUUAAAACUGAAGCAUGAACAGGAGUUAUAUAUUUUUAGGAAAAUGAAAAGGUAA